UGAAGUGGAUUUCUUGGAGAGAGAAGACAACAACUAAGAAUCAAAUCCCUGUGUACACUGGGACCAUGGAGAGCUCUAGACUAUGGACAAGAGUGUUAUUUUGUGCUGCGCUGCUGUCCAUCGUUCUCGGUGCUGAAAUUGACGACUCGGAUUCGGAAAUAAACCUUGACACAAGAGCCUUGCGGGAUUUCUACCCCAAAGAUCCCAACUUGACCAAUGAAAAACAGCUUCUUGGUGCACUACAAGACGUUCUUGAAAAGCUGCAGACAAAACGACUAUCAAUGUGGGAAAAGAAAUUUGGUCAAGUUCCAACGUGCGACGUUGGAGAGCAAUGUGCGGUGAGAAAAGGAGCACGAAUUGGGAAAAUGUGUGACUGUCCUCGUGGAGCAUUCUGUAACUUUUUCCUGCUCAAGUGCUUGUGAACUUAUGCUUUUUGAAUGUAAGUGGACCAGUCGGGAAGCUAUUGAAAUAUUGUUAUAUCAUGGUCUAUGUGAUCUUUAUAAUAUAUUUUUCAUUACAAGGUGUGCUUAUCAGGAGAAAGACAGAUUGCAUUUUGAAAGAUUGUCUAUCCAAAAAGGUGUUUGAACUUGAAAUAUUUUAUUUUCCACUAUAUAUUACAGUACUCUAAUAUGACUUAAAAUAAAAGGUGUUACAUAUUG